CAGUACAAAUUGAAGGAGUCCACACCGACAGCAGAUUACUGAUCGAUAAUCAACACUUACCCCAGAAAUACUCCAACCUGCUCCGAUAUCGAACCGUAUUUGGAGCCCGUGGUCCGUGAGUGUCAGGCCCACGGAGCUUUGUUUCCCGGUAGACCAUGUUAGCAUUGCUAGCUAACUAGCCAGCGUCUCGCCGCCUCCUCCUGUCCUCCAUGGGGCUCUGCUGCUGAGGCUGCCGGGCUAGUGCUGCAGGCAGCGGGGCUCUCUGAUUGAUGCCAUCGGCCAGGGGCUCAGGUCAGACUAUGAGCGGGGCGAGCUGUAAAGCGAACGGCGCCGUGUACCCCGCCUCCUCCGCGGCCAUGAGCUCCGUGAAGAAGCCGAAGAUGGAGCAGAUCCAGGCCGACCAUGAGCUCUUCUUACAGGCCUUUGAAAAACCAACUCAGAUAUACAGAUUCCUCCGAACUAGGAAUUUGAUUGCACCCAUAUUUUUGCACAGGACGCUCACCUUCAUGUCUCACAGAAACGGCCGAUCAAAUGCCAGAAGGAAAUCAUUCAAAGUGGAUGAUAUGUUACAGACAGUUGAGAGGAUGAAAGGAGAGCAGGAUUCUCUAAGUUUGUCAUCACAUCUACAGUUAACCUUCACUGGGUUCUUCCAUAAGGAUGAAAAGCCAUCUCAGAAUUCAGAAAAUGAACAAAAUUCCGUUUCCUUAGAGGUGCUACUUGUCAAAGUCUGCCAUAAAAAACGCAAGGAUGUCAGCUGUCCGAUAAAGCAAGUGCCUACAGGUAAAAAGCAGGUGCCUUUGAACCCUGACAGUAACCAAACCAAGCAUGGAUCCUACCCUUCCUUACUGGUCUCCAGCAACGAGUUUGAGCCCAGCAACAGCCACAUGGUCAAGUCCUACUCGCUCCUGUUCAGGGUGUCUCGCACGGGGCGGAGGGACGCCAACGGUCUGGUCAACGGAGAGGCCAACGAGAACAUUGAUGUAAUAGAUACUCCCACUAGAAAGAAGAGAAGUUCAUCCCAUAGAGACGAGGGAGAGACCACAGAGACCUUUGUCGCACAGAUGACUGUCUUUGAUAAGAAUAGGAGAUUGCAGCUGCUGGACGGGGAGUACGAGGUGUCGAUGCAAGGGAUGGAGGACAGCCCCGUCAGCAAGAAGCGAGCUACGUGGGAAACCAUUCUGGAUGGAAAGAGACUGCCACCAUUUGAGACAUUUUCUCAGGGACCCACACUGCAGUUCAUGCUGCGUUGGACAGGCGAUGCCAGCGGAAAGUCCACUGCCCCCGUAGCAAAACCACUUGCUACGCGCAACUCAGACAGCUCCAGCCCCAUGGAGACCAGAACCAGCAACCACCGAGCUGCCCUCAUGACAGUGAAAGAGUCAGUGAGCACAGACAUUCAGACGAGGAAAGAGCAGGUCCUGUGUGAGCCGCGGCAGAAGCUACGUAUAUUUUAUCAGUUCUUGUACAACAAUAACACGCGGCAGCAAACAGAGGCAAGAGAUGAUCUUCACUGUCCCUGGUGUACCCUGAAUUGCAGCAAACUCUACAGCCUGCUCAAACACCUCAAACUCUCCCACUCCCGCUUCAUCUUCAACUAUGUGCCUCACCCCAAAGGAGCAAGGAUAGACGUGUCCAUCAACGAGUGCUAUGACGGAUCGUACGUCGGCAACCCUCAGGACAUCCACAGCCAACCCGGCUUUGCUUUCAGUCGCAAUGGCCCAGUUAAGAGGACCGCUGUGACUCACAUACUGGUUUGCAGGCCCAAGAGGACUAAACCGAGUCUGUCAGAAUUCCUGGAGACUGAGGACGGAGAGUUGGAGCAGCAGAGGACCUACGUCAGCGGACACAACCGCCUCUACUUCCACAGCGACAGCUGCAUGCCGCUGCGGCCCCAGGAGAUGGAGGAGGACAGCGAGGACGAGAGAGAUCCAGAGUGGCUCCGAGAGAAGACCGCCACGCAACUGGAUGAGUUCACCGAUGUCAACGAGGGAGAGAAGGAAGUGAUGAAGCUGUGGAACCUGCAUGUCAUGAAGUACGGUUUCAUUGCUGACAACCAGAUGAAUCAGGCCAUAAUGCUCUUUGCGGAGAACACCGGCGCUUACAUCGUCCGCCGCAACCUCUGCCGCAACUUCCUCCUGCAUCUGAUCAGCAUGCACGACUUCAACCUGGUGACCACGGCCACCAUCGACCGCGCCAUGGCCCGCCUGAGACAGAUCCAGGAGGAGCUUCCGGACGCCGAGGAGGAGGAGCAGCAGGACCAGACUCUGGUUUCAGCGGGAGCCUGCAACGGCAAUGCCAUCACCUCCACCGGAGGGAAACAGGGCAAGAGGACAAAAAGCGCACUAACAGACUGAUGUAGGGUGGAUGGAUGGAUGGAUGGAACCAUGAAUGUCCUGUUUUUUUUCUGGUAUCAUUUUUGUUGUUGUCCUUCUUCAAUGGACAUUACCAACCCUUUGGUGCUUAGAUAGGUGCAGGAACCGGUCAGCAGAGGAUCUGACCGGUUACACAAGGUAAACAAGUUUUCUGAACUUACGAACUGAACCAAAUAUGAACAAUGUAAAAGUGAAACACCUACACAAACCAGGAAUUUGAAGACUGGCUGAUGUAAGUCAAACCUACUUAAUAUGCAUUUUGUAGGAGCCACUGAAGUAUCUGUCUGUGGGUCAGAGAGUGAACAAACAAAUAGUCCUCUGAUGUGGCACUUUGGUUUGGCCACGUGAGAGACAACUGUAUGAAGACUACAGUUAAAAACGUACUGGUAACGUCACACUUGAUUAUUUGUACACAUACACAAUAACCUUGUUGAGAUCUUAUCCUUUUAGCUCAUUAUUUUUUAGCACUUGGUGUGUUUGUAUUUAGAAAGCUUACCUUCAUUUUCUUUGUAUUACUCAUGCUGCGCCAAAUGUUAAAUGCAGCGUUUCCACUGGUGUCAGUGGAGAAACAUUAGUCUUUUUGAUUUCACUGUUGUGAAUGACAUUUGAACAGUCAUACAGUGACAGUGAAAACCUACACUAUUGGCAUCAAUGUCUAGAGUUUAUAAAGCUUGUGUUACGGCCCCCAAUAUGGAUUGUGGGAUUUGCUGGUAGGUUGCCAUGACUAGUGAUUUACUGUAAGCCUUGGAUCCUGAACAAGAGAAUAAAUUCUGAAUUGGGUCCAUGCUAAAAACUCCUACUUCAUCACCCAUAAGCCUUUUGGCCUGCAUUGUUAAUAGGCCAAGGAAAGCCAGGGAAACUUUUUCGGAAUAUUUUGUUUACAAAAACAACCAGCAGCACAUCACCCCGUGUAUCAUGCAGAGUGCAUCACCUGUAACUUUCUUUUCACUUUGAGGUUCGAACAUGCAAUCACAAUGUUUUAUUUUUUUUGAGUAUCUGAAGCUAAUGACAGAAUUGUGUUUGCGUGUAAUCACAUCAAAUGUUGAGCCGUGCCCCGUUCUGAAUCCAGUCAUUAACAGAUUGCAGUUCUUCUCUCAAAGCAAUAUGCUGUUUAUUAGAUGGUUGCCUUUUCAGGUCAAAGUCAGUUUGUCUGUCUGUCCUGUUAGGUGCAGUUUAUGCCAAAGGCGAAUAUUGUCUCUUAGUUCAGUAUAUUAUUUAGCGUCUUUUCUUUUGUUCAUUCCAUAACAAACAGCAGUAGUUGUGUUUCGUAGUUUCAUCCGACUUCCCUUGUGGACAACCAAAUUAACAAUAUAGUUUUCCUUCCUCCACUAUUCCUGGUUUCUGUAUUCAUCUGGAAAAAGAGACAUAUUCACCUUUUAUUAUCAAAACACCCUGUUAAAAAUUGUUAAGUGUACACUCUGGCUAGGGGGACUUUUAUAUUUAAAGAAAUAAAAUGAAUUUGUCCUUAUUUGCGGCUGUAAUGUUGUAGCCAUUUGGACUCUACCAAAUUAAACUCCCUCAUUCAUGGUCUCUGCCUAGUAAUUCCACUUGUCUGGAUAAUACCAUUCCCUCCAGACUAAAAGCUCUGUUUAUAGAUUUUAUAUGAACAAUUAAUGCCACACAAAUAAAAAAGAAGAUAUUUCA